GGUCGCCAGGUGGUUGUGGUGUUGGUCGGGGCAGGUGUAUGUGUUGGGGAGGACAGUGGAGGACCCCAGGGAUUUGCUCCCAGUCCCAAUCGUUAACUCUCUGGGGUCCUCAGGCGCAGCAGGGGAAACAGGCUUCUCCCGGACCGAAGAGAAGCCGUCCCUCUCUCCAACGUGCGCUUCUCCCCCAUCCCCCUUGGCGCGCUUCCGCCGGCCGCGCUCCCGGAUCGAGCGCGCGCCCCCGGCUCCCCCGCCCGCGCGCGAGGGGCGGGACCGGCUCGGCUACCCCGGCGCCGCCGCCUGCAGCCCCCUCCCCUCGCCUCGCCUCCUCGCCGCUGGCGGCCGCAGCAUCGCUCCGGCCCGGGCCCCACCCCAGGCGACCCUGCGAGGAGGAGCGGCGGGAGGCCGGAGCCAGAGGUGCAAGAUGGACAAGAGGGACAAGGUGAAGGCAGGGGGCGCCGCGCGGACACCAGCUGCUCGCCUUCCUGGACUUCUGACCCCCAGGCCUCCAGGCUCUCCUCGACCCCCUCCCCCAGUAACCCCCGCAGCCCUCCGAGUUCUGGGAGCUGCGGAAGCUGCGGGGCGAAGGCGUAUGGCAGAGAGAGCUGGGGGCACCGGCGGGGCCACUAUUCCCGAGUCUGCUCCCAGGGCGGGACCAACUCGGAGUGCUGGGACAAGUUCUCGGAACCCAGCCUCCAGACCCCCACCCCCUGGGAGGGGCGAUCGUGUUCCUCCUGCCAAGAACACCAGCCCAGGUCCUGUUUCUAGCCUAGGGCGUGCCAGUGGGACCACCAGGCCAGGCCCUCUUGGCCAGAAGGGACUCCGGACCCCAGCAGAGGAAACUGUGGCCAGAGGAAAAGCUACGGAGGCUCCCAAAAGGAGUGCCCUGAGCGCUGGGGCACGGAGAGACACUUCUGGGCCUACCCCAGGAACCCCCUCCCCGGCCAUGGCCCGUCGGUCCCGGGCUACGGGCACCGAGGUGGGGCUCCCCCGGCCAGCUCCGAGUGCCCGGCCGCGGCCCUCAACAGAGGGUCCCCGGAAAUCAGUGAGCAGCGCCUCGGAGCACAGCACCACCGAGCCAAGCCCCGCUGCCAGGAGGCGGCCCAGCGCCGGUGGGGGUCUCCAGAGGCCGGCCUCCCACCCCCUGAGCUCCAGCACCACCCCUCUCUCCUCCCCAGCCCGUUCUGGGCCUUCAGCCCGCGGAACACCCAGGGCUCCUGCGCAUCCCUCGCAGCCCAAGUCGAAAGGGCUCCAGGCCCUGCGUCACCCGCAGGCCACACCCUCAAAGAAGGACUCAGCCCCAGCACUGGGCCCUCUUUCUUCCUCUCAUUUGGCCACACCCUCUCCACCGGGUACCAAAGCGAGGCCCAUACCACCUCCCUGCAAUGCAGCCACUCCCCUGCCAGCGACGUUCCCUCCCUCUCCACCGGUCACUCCCCCUCCGCCAGCCCUGUUCCAAAGUCAGGCCCUGCCCACCCCGCCGGCCGCGCCCCACCCACAGAACCUUACCUACCUGCUGGCCACGCCCCUUCCUCUAGCCCCUCCUUCUCCCUCUGCUCCACCCUCUCUACAGACCCUCCCCUCUCCACCAGCCACGCCCCCCUCGCAAGCUCCACCCACAAAGCCGGUUACAUCCUUUCCAGAAGCAGGCGUGUCUCCCGUGGCCACAGGCGCUCUUGUGGCUCCAUUCUCGCCAUCAGUUUCAUCCCCUCUGCAGAGUAUGCCCCCCACCCAGGCUAAUCCAGCGUUGCCCUCUCUUCCGACUCUCCUCUCUCCCUUGGGCACACCUCCUUUGUUAGCCAUCUCUCCUCUACAAGGCCCUGUUUCUCCAGCAACAUCUCUGGGGAAUCCGGCCCCUAUCCUGGCCACAAUCCCUCGACCAGGCCUUUCUGCUCUGACCACGUCCCCUCCGCAGGCCAGUCCUUCCCCAUCGCCCCAGCUUCCCCAGGCCACGCCCCACACUCUGGCCACUAUUCCUCCGCAGAACUCUCCAUUUCUGGCCACACUGCCUCUGCAGGCCUCUCCCUCUCCUCUGACCACAGUCUCUCUGCAGGAUCCUCCUCUAGUUUCUCCCUCUCUUUUGGCCCCACUGCCUCUGUCGGCCCCGCCCUCACCCCUGGCCCCACCGUCUCUGACCACGCCCCUUAUGCAGGCUCCGCCCUCUCUCCAGACCAUUCACCCAAUACAGGUUCCACGUUCUCUGACCUCACUGUCUCUGCAGGCACCUUCCUCUCCAGGUUUGUCAUCUCUGCAGGCCACAACUUCUUUAGGCUCACCCCGUCUGCAGGCCGCACCUUUCCUGACGAUGUCCCCUAGUCAAACCCAACCUUCUUUGACCUCGCCUCCUCGGCUGGCCUCUACUCUUCCUGCUUCACCCCCUAUGCAGGCUCCAUCUUCUCUUGCCUCCCACCCUCCUCAGGCACCUCCCUCUUCCCUGAUCACGCCCAUUAUGGAGACCCAAUCUUCCCUAGCCCCGCCCUCUCUGCAGACAGCUUCUUCUUCCCUGUCCACACUCCAUCUGGAGAUUCCACCUUGUCCAGCUCCACUCCGUCUGCAAGCAACACCUUCCCCAUUGACCACGCCCCCUCCGGAGACUCCAUCUUCCAUAGUCCCGCCUCCUCCACAAGCCCCACCUGCUCUAGUCUCACCCCCUUUGGAGGGCCUGCCCUCUCCCCCUCUGUCCCCUUUGGCCACGCCCCCUCCACAGGCCCCACCUUCCCUGGCCUUGCCUCCUCUGCAGACCUCUCCCUUUCCCCCUGCCUCACCUCCUCUGUCUCCCUUGGCCACACCCUCUCCACAGGCCCCAACUGCUCUGGCCACGUUCCUUCUGCAGGCCCCUUCCUCUCUCCCUGCCUCACCCACAGUGUCUCCUUUGGCCAUGCCCCCUCCACAAACCCCACCCCCUUUGGCCGUAUUUCUGCAGGCCCCACCCUCUCCCCCUGUCUCUCCCACAGUGUCUCCUUUGGCCACGCCCCCUCGACAGGCCCCACCCCCUCUGGCCGCACCUUCUCUGCAGGUCCUGCCCUCUCCCCCUGCCUCACCUCCAAUGUCUCUUUUGGCCGCGCCUCCUCUGCAGGCUCUUCCCUCUCCCCCUACCUCACUCCCUGGGCAGGCCCCUUUCUCUCCCUCCGCCUCACCCACAAUGUCUCCUUUGGCCACGCCUCCUCCACAAGCCCCACCCACUAUACCCGCGCCCCUCCUGCAGGUCCCUCCCUCUCCGCCUUCCUCACCCACCCUGCUGGCCCCACGCCGUCCCCCAACCCCGGGUCCAGAUACCUCUGUCUCGGGUCCACGGCUGACCCUGGCGCUGGCCCCUGGCCCGCCGCCGCCGCCCUCGCGCAGCCCGUCCAGCACGCUGAGCGGCCCGGACCUUGCCGGCCACAGCAGCAGCGCCACGAGCACUCCGGAGGAGCUGCGUGGCUACGACAGCGGGCCCGAAGGCGGUGCUGCAGCCUCCCCGCCUCCCGACGCAGAGCUCGCCGCCUGCCACCCGGCCUCCUGGAGCCGAGGCCCCGCUCCACCGCUGGCGCUCCGCGGAGCCACAGGUGCGCAGCUGCCUUGGCCUCCCGCUGCCGGACCAGGCUCUGCUGAGGGUCUGUGCACCAUCUACGAGACUGAAGGGCCCGAGUCGGCGACCCCCGCCUCAGGCGCCCCGGAUCCGGGGCCCGCACCCGGGCCCAGCGCGGGCGGUGGGAAGGCGGCGGCAGGGACCGGGGCGGCGGCGUCCUCCCGGAGCCCGAAGCAGGCGCGCCUGGGCGAGCUGCCACUGGGGGCGCUGCAGGCGAGCGUCGUGCAGCACCUGCUGAGCCGGACGCUGCUUCUGGCGGCGGCCGAGGGUGCCGCUGGCGGCAGCGGCGGGGACCCAGGAGGCGCGGGUGGUGGUAGCGUCACGGGGAGCGCCCGAGCUGCACUCAGCGACGCGGAACUCGGCCGCUGGGCAGAACUGCUGUCUCCCCUGGACGAGUCCCGUGCCAGCAUCACCUCGGUCACAAGCUUCUCUCCGGACGAUGUGGCCUCCCCGCAGGGUGACUGGACCGUGGUGGAGGUGGAGACCUUCCACUGAGCCAGACCACAGCCCCGCCUGCUACAUCCCACCCCUGCUUUAGGAUCUGAUCCUCCGGCUACGCCUGUUUGUCUUAGACCCCGCCUCCACUGCCCUGGAGAAACGCUCGGUGGAUCGGUCUCAGCCCCCUAGAGCCUGAGUCUUUUGGCCCAAGCUCCACCCCUGCCUUUGGCCCCGGAGGCUUGAGACCUACCCACAGCUUUGACCCAGGCCCUCCUCUCGAGCUCCGCCCAUUUGGUCUAGGACACACCCCCUUCCCCGAGCCCCGCCCCGUGUCCCCUGUAUUGCCCAUCCCGCACAACCUGAGUUUGCAAUAAAACUGGGACACCGGGGCCUGCACACCUUCUCUGUUGCCUCGAGGGCCGGGGUUGGGGGCCUCCAGGGGUUGAGCGGCGCGGGAGACCAGGCCAGGCUUUCCUGUUCCUCCUUCCUGGGAACCGUAUGCCUCCUGCUGGUUUGAUCUUCAUGCUUUUCUCCCUGGAAGAGGUCCUGACACCACCUCCUCCAGGAAGCCUUCCCUGAUCUCCCUGCACAUUUGUCUAUUGAGCACUUACCACAUUAAUGCAAGCUCCCCCCUGCCCAGUGCUUGUCUUCUCUGCUCUACUAGAGACACCCUCAGAGCCAGGCACAGGGCAGAGCACCCCAGGACGCCCCUGGAAGUGUGAGCAGAAUGCAUGCAACUGGGUCCUGGGCUUCCUGAAGCCCAGCAGUUCAGCGUGCCUCUCUCCUUCAGGAGAGGCCCAAGUUGAUUCACCAAGGUGGGAAACCAGGCCCUGCCCCCAAACCGAAUGCCCUUCUGUCUUCUCCCACCCCCAUUCUAUGAGACUGUGAGGAGCUCAUCCCUUCCCUUGGCAUGGUUUUCUGUCCCAGGGCUGGGGACCCACCGCUGCUUGUGAUUCUCCUUCCAGCCCACAGGCCAGUCUGUGACUCUGUAAAUACACUUUAUUUUCCAUC